AUAAUCCAAAUUCAGAAAUUAGAGGAGUGUUUAUUGAUGGAGUCUUCUCUGGAUCAUUAUUGUUUGAGGGACAGCUGUACGGAAUUGAGAAUGCAAAGCUUCAUAUCCCUGUGGACCAGACAGUGUCCAGAACGUAUGAGCAACAGAUGAUAGUUUACAGGUCAUCAGACAUGAAAUGGGACACUAGGCAAAAGCACAAUGGACGUGGGCCAAGUUUUUGUGGGAACACUCACGUGAAACAGAAAAAUAGCAAAUUCGGCAACCAACAUUUUGUAACAAAGAAUACUAACACAGGUAGGCAUAAACGGCACAAACGAGAAGGAAGCACACCUUUGUGGAACACCUGCCAGAUAAUCACAGUUGCCGAUUACAAAUUCUUCCGGGGUAUUGGAGACAGUGAUGUCUACAAAACUGCUUUACACAUGGCUAACGUGAUGGACCAUGUUGAUAAGAUCUACCGAAGUACAGAAUUUCACCCUGGGUCUCCAGUGCGAGGAUUGGGAUUUGAGAUUGCAGAGAUGGAUAUUUAUGAAGCUUCUACCUCAGGGUUUAACAAUGAAUCCCAAGCAUGGGAUCCUCUCAGUUUGUUGCAGGCAUUUAGUCGUAAUCUUGAUUAUAAGGAUUUCUGUGCUGCCCACCUGUUCACACAUCAGGCAUUUGAAGGCAAUGUCCUUGGCCUAGCGUACAUCGCUCCACCACGAGAAGGUGGAGUAGGAGGGAUUUGUUCACCAGUUGCUCGUAUCGAAAAUGCAUUGUGCAGUUUGAAUACAGGCUGGAGCAGCUCGCAGAACCAGAAUGGUGAACCUGUCCUCCAACAGCAGUCAGACUUGGUUACAGCACACGAACUUGGUCACAACUGGGGAGCUGAACAUGAUACAGACUCAGGCGAGUGCUCGCCAUCUUUUGGCAAAGGAAAGUUUUUAAUGUAUCCAUACUCUGUCAGCGGAUAUGACUCAAACAAUUAUUUAUUUUCUCCCUGUAGUAAAGAUCUCAUCAGUAGCGUCCUUGCUUUGAAGGGCAGCUCAUGUUUAGAACAAAAAUCUACGGAUGAAAACCAGAUAUGUGGUAAUGGGAAGUUGGAUCCUGGCGAGCAGUGUGACGCUGGUUUCAUGGGCCGUUUCAUGCUGGAUGAUUGUUGUGACAGCUUUUGUAAGCUCCUGGGUAAUGCUACAUGCAGCCCAGUGAAUCACGAGUGUUGCUUUGACUGUGCAGUCGCAACUGCAGGCACAACCUGCCGGUCAGAUAAUGAAAUUGACUGUUUCAAGACAGCUGUUUGCAAAUAUCCUUUCCUUCACCUGGAGUGCCAGGAGCCUGAACGGAAAGCUGACAGAGAAGCUUGUCUUGAUGAAGGACAGUGCUUUUCUGGGGAAUGCCUGCCAUUUUGUGAAGCCAGAGGUCUGAUAACAUGUGCCUGCGAAAAUCUGGCAUCAGCAUGCCAGCGUUGCUGUCGAGCCAACAAUGUUUCUGAGUGUCGGCAGUUUGACAACAAGCAUCCGUUACCUGAUGGGAGAUCCUGUAUUCAGGGCUACUGUCAAGGGGCUGUCUGUAGAUCUAGCACAGCUUCAACAAUUGAACGUCUCUUCGAUAUUUUAGAGGAUUUGCAUGUCGACAAUAUUGUGCAAUUUUUCCGCAACAACAUUGUGGGCUGUGUUAUAGUGUUCUCCCUUCUUCUCUGGAUUCCCAUAUGCAUCAUCAUUUCCUGUAAGGAUAGACAGAUAAGGAGACAGAUAGAUCGAAAUGAAAAUUUUGAAAUAAGGACGCUGAGCAUUACCAGUUUUUGA